AUGCCACUUUUACCUCCAAUAAAUUUUCCAAAAUGGUUAGAGGAACAUAGUGAUAAAUUACAACCACCCGUAAAUAACUUUUUAUUACAGCGUGGUGAUUUUAUUAUAAUGGUAGUUGGAGGUCCAAAUUCUCGCACUGAUUAUCAUGUCAACCAAACAGAAGAGUGGUUUUAUCAAUAUAAAGGAGAAAUGUGUUUAAAAAUUGUUGACGAUGGUGAAUUUAAAGAUAUUCCUAUUCGAGAGGGCGAAAUGUUUUUAUUACCUGCCAAUACACCACAUAAUCCUGUUCGAUUUGCUAAUACGGUUGGUAUAGUGAUUGAAAGAAACCGAAGAUCAGAAGAAAUUGAUCGACUUCGAUGGUAUUGUGAACAAUGUAAAGAAAUAGUUUAUGAAGAAUCAUUUCAUUGUACAGAUUUAGGUACACAGCUUAAGCCUAUUAUUCAAAAGUAUGCAAUGACUGAAGAUUUGAGAAAAUGUAAAUUGUGUGGAAAUAUUAAUAGUGCUAAAUAA